AUGAUACGAUGCUACAACUGUGAUGUGACGACGACUCCACUUUGGAGAAGAGACGAUGACGGAAACACCAUUUGUAAUGCCUGUGGACUUUAUUACAAGCUACAUAAUGUACAUCGUCCACUUUCUUUAAAGAGAAAUGUUAUUCACAGACGAAAGCGU